ACUCCUAAACAAUCUUUAAUACAAUGGCACGGACAGCACUAGGAUUUAACCCGUCUAAGUCAUUAUGCAUAGCCUUGUCAGGCUUGGUUCUAGGYGUGAUUUUACUGAUCGCUGGAGGAGUAAUCUUUGGGACUUUCCAGCAACGAUGYGAGCCGUCUCCUACCGCUACCACGCAAAUCGAGAAACGUGGACGCUCGUGUGAGCUAUCCGAAGAAGCAAAGCGUAGUGGAUUUGGAACUUUUUUGGACAAAGUUAAGGCAAUGUACUAUGAAUUACAUCCUUUCAAAAUCCAUUAUAAUUCCGACUUGUGGUAUAAGGAUGACUUUUCAGAUCAAAUCAAGGCUAUUUACAUUUCUUAUGACCCCUCACCCGAAGCCAUCAAGAGACGAACUGACGCAUCGUUUAGGCUUUUAAAAGAAAUGAAGUCUUUGGACAUUUCACUUGAAAAACUUAAGGGAAGAGAAAGAAAGGCUUACUCUAAAGCUAUGUUAUACCUCCAGCAAGUAUUUGGACAGCCAUUCGAAGUGAAUUACUAUGCGGGGGAUUGGAUGCUUGGCCSGGAUUCAUUUUGCUACAGUACAAUAUGCUACAUGGGUUAUGACUUGUAUAAUUCAAUGUUAUAUCACGUCCCUAAGAACCUUAAAGAUGUAGAACUUGUCAAAUCUAAGCUUAUGUCCCAUCAGAAGGCGCUCAUCCAGUAUGUGGAGAAUUUGAAAAUGGGCGUGAGGAAGGGGAUGGUCAGGAACAUUGAGUCGUGUAAAGCUGGACUGGACGCCUUUAAGAUUGAGCACCCGCAGAUUUCUCUCAAUAGUGCAAAAGGAGUAUUAAAAGAGUGGUACACGACAUUUCUCCUGUCUCCAAAAUUCUACAUCAACAUAACCAGUGGUAUGAACGAGGAGUGGACGAAAGCGCACGGUAUGAAUGUCAGUGAAUCAAUCAAGAAUUAUCUCUUAGAGUAUUUUGGAAAACCGCUGGCAGAUGUAUUGAGGUAA